GCGCCUCCUCCGCGGCUCUGGUUCCAGCCGAGCCUCGCCGACGCGGAGAUGGAAAUCCCGAGGCUGCUCCCGGCUCGCGGGACGCGACAGGGCGGCGGCGCUGGCAGCCCCGCGGGCGGCGGCCGGGUCCACGGAGGCCUUGAUCCGCGGGCUGGCCAGGCCCCCGCGCGCCGCCUCCUGCUGCUCCGUGGCCCCCAAGAUGGCGGGCCCGGGCGGCGGCGCGAGGAGGCCCGCGCAGCCUCACGGGGCCCGGGCCCGAGCCCGGUGCCGCCGAGGCCCGAUCACGCUGGCGGCGGCGGCGGCGGCGGCGGCGACGACGACGGCGGCGGCGGCGACGACUUUUUCCUGGUGCUACUGGACCCGGUGGGUGGCGACGUGGAGACCGCGGGCGCCGGCCAGGCCUCAGGGCCUGUGUGGAGGGAGGAGGCCGAGCCGGGCCCACGGCUCCAGGGGGGUGAGAGCGGCGCGAACCCCGCGGGCCACCCUGCGCCGGGCUCCCGCUGCCUGUCCUCGGUCCCGGCCCCGGCCCCGAUCCCGAUCCCCGCCCCAGGCCUGGGCCCCGCCGCGGCCUUCGCGGGCACCGUCACUAUCCACAACCAAAACCUGCUGUUGCACUUCGAGAACGGCGUCCUCACCCUGGCCACGCCCCCGCCGCCAGCCUGGGAGCCUGGGGUCGCGCCUGCCCCGCAGCCCGGGGGUCUGAUCGCCCCGCAGGCGGGGUUCCCGCAUGGCGCGCAGCCCGGCGACUGCCCCGAGCUGCCUCCUGACCUUCUGCUGGCCGAGUCGGCCGAACCCGCGCCGCCCCCGCCGCCCGAGGAGGAGGCGGAGGGCCAGGCCGCUGCCGAGAGCCCCCGCGGGCCGCUGGGCCCGGGCCCGGGCAUAGUGCUGUACCUGUGUCCCGAGGCGCAGUGCGGACAAACCUUCGCCAAGAAGCACCAGCUGAAGGUGCACCUGCUGACGCACAGCAGCAACCAGGGCCAACGGCCCUUCAAGUGCCCCCUGGGCGGCUGCGGCUGGACCUUCACCACCUCGUACAAGCUCAAGAGGCAUCUGCAGUCACACGACAAACUGCGGCCCUUCGGGUGUCCGGCGGAGGGCUGUGGCAAGAGCUUCACCACCGUGUAUAACCUCAAGGCACACAUGAAGGGCCAUGAGCAGGAGAACUCUUUCAAAUGCGAAGUGUGCGAGGAGAGCUUCCCCACGCAGGCCAAGCUCAGCGCCCACCAGCGGAGCCACUUUGAGCCGGAGAGGCCCUACCAGUGCGCGUUUUCUGGCUGCAAGAAGACAUUUAUCACCGUGAGUGCUCUGUUUUCCCAUAACCGCGCCCACUUCAGGGAGCAGGAACUCUUUUCCUGCUCCUUUCCUGGCUGCAGCAAACAGUACGACAAGGCUUGUCGGCUGAAAAUUCACCUGCGGAGCCACACUGGUGAGAGACCUUUCCUUUGUGACUUUGACGGCUGUGGCUGGAACUUCACUAGCAUGUCCAAACUGUUAAGGCACAAAAGGAAGCACGACGAUGACCGGAGGUUCACGUGCCCUGUGGAAGGCUGUGGGAAAUCUUUCACAAGGGCUGAGCAUCUGAAAGGCCACAGCAUAACCCACCUGGGAACAAAGCCCUUUGUGUGCCCCGUGGAAGGCUGCUGUGCCAGGUUCUCUGCUCGAAGUAGCCUCUACAUUCACUCCAAGAAACACUUGCAAGAUGUGGACACUUGGAAAAGCCGUUGCCCAGUCUCCACUUGCAAUAAACUCUUCACCUCCAAGCACAGCAUGAAGACCCACAUGGCCAAAAGGCACAACCUCGGCCAGGAUCUCUUAGCUCAGUUAGAAGCGGCAAAUUCUCUUACGCCCAGCAGUGAACUUGCCAGCCAGGGACAGAGUGAUCUCAGUGAUGCAGAGCUAGUGUCUCUCUUCUCUGACGUGCCUGGCAGUAGUUCUGCUGCAGUGCUAGACACGGCAUUGGUAAACUCUGGAAUCUUGACUAUUGAUGUGGCUUCGGUGAGCUCAACUCUGGCAGGGAACCUUCCUGCUGCUAAUAAUAGUUCCUUAGGGCAGGCUCUGGACCCUCGGGGCUUGAUGGCCACCGGUGACCUUCCUCAAAGUCUGGAUACCUCUCUCUUUUUUGGAACGACAGCCGCCGGUUUUCAGCAGAGCCCCUUAGGUAUGGAUGAUGUCUCAAGUCUAAGCGCGGGGCCAUUGGGAUCUCUGGGAUCUUUGGCUAUGAAAAACUCAAGUCAAGAGCCCCAAGCUUUGACCCCCAGCAGUAAGCUAACAGUAGACACAGAUGCUCUGACUCCUUCAAGCACCCUUUGUGAAAACAGUGUCUCAGAUCUACUGACACCAACCAAAGCAGAAUGGAACAUACAUCCUGACUCUGACUUCUUUGGACAGGAGGAAGAAACCCAGUUUGGAUUCUCCAAUCCAGCAGGAGCCCAUGGUUCUCAGAAAGAAACAGAUCUUACCACAGUGACUGGCAGCUCAUUUUUGGUAUGAACUACAUUCAUUCCUCGUCAUAUGGCUUACUUUUACUAAUUACACUCAAUUUUAAGGGUAUUCUGGACUAAAUGUUUAAAUGCAGUCGUUUCUUGUAGGUUUGGAAAAAAACAGAGCCCUGGGCUACAAGUUUGGAGAUUUAAAUUCUGAUUCUGAGUCUAGAACUGACAAGUUGUGUGACCCCGAGCAAGUCACUUCACCUAUCUGAGCCUUAAUUUCCUUAUUUAUAAAAUGAGGUGGUUUGAGUAGAUUGUUUCUAAGGUAUUUUCAGCUCUGUAGUUUCAUGAUUUUGUGCUUUCUUGAAAAUUUUAGUGUGUUUCACAAUGGUUAACUAUUGCAUGUGCUUUUAAUGUAAUGAACAGUGCAUUGAGAGUUAAUGAUCAGAGAACAUGGAACUGGUGUUUAACUUUAAAAAUUUAAUGGAAACUUAAUGCCAAAAUAUUUCUAAAAUCUAGUGGUAGAAUUUAGAAGAAAGCUAAAAAUAUGGGUUGGUUCUUUUUACCUGUUUAUCUUUUAGCAUCUUUUUUUUUUUUUUUUGAUGAAAGGCUUUAUUGUUGUAGAAAGUACCAGGGCUUUGAUAUGACUCAAACCCAGAAAUACUGACUUUGUGGUGUUGAAUAAGUGGCCUUAAAUAAGUCAUUUAGUCUCACUAAGCCUCAGUCUCUUAGUUCUAAAAUGGUCAUUGCAAUGUACACAUACCAGGUGCAUCUUAGACUUCUUUUUCUAUCCCAGUAGUUAGUUUUGGAGGGAAAAUGUUGCGUGUUUUGGCAUAUUUCGGUGAAUCUUUAUCCCCAUUCCUGCCCCUCUCAUUCUCUUCUCAAAAAGGAGAAAUCAGCGUAAUUUAAUAUCACACUUGUGCAGGCAAUAAAGUUUUACGAGGGUUAAGAAGCAGGGAAGGGAAUGUCUUUCUUCCACAGAUUAAAGAUUCUUCUCCACACAAUUCUUGUGUGUAGAAAAUUGCCUGCAUGUCCAUUAGACCAAAUUAUAGUGUCUUUGCUCUGCAUUAAAAGCCAGCCCAUAGAGUGACUAUAGAGCCUGUGUUUCCAAGAAAAUCUGGGAAUGGACCAAAGUGAGAGUUUUCUCUCCUCUAUGCCCUGGAGGGCUCAUUGCUUGCCUUCCCCUAGAGUUGAAAUGGGAGGUUUCAUUUGCAUUUUGAGUAAAUAUUGUCUGUCUUACAUGAAUAUAGCAUUUUACAGUUUAUGUAGCACUUUUACAACUGUUGUGUUUGAUCUUCACAAUUUUGUGAGAUGUGGUGAAGUUUUAACUAUAACUCAUAUUAAAAUUUACCUAACUCACAUUACAACUGAAUUUUGCUUAGUAACUAUUAAUUUUAUAUAUAUGUGUCUGUGUAUAUAUAUAUGUGUGUGUGUGUGUGUGUGUGUGUAUACAUAUAUAUAUCAACUCCUAUUCUACUCUUCUGAGUUUCAUGAUCACUUUUGUUUAUAACCACUUGUUCUGUUCCACCUUAACUGAUGUCUGUUACCUUCUGCCAGCUCUGCUCUCACUCCAACUUCUUCUGUAGCAUGUGCACACCAGUCCUUGCCGUGAUCUCUUCUUUUAAAAUUUUAAUUAGGUCUUUUUUCAUGGUCACAAUCUCUCAGCCAUUGUCGUCAUGGCCAUUUUUCAGUACAAUAUUUACUGCAAGUCUAAGUGUGCACUAAGAAAUUAUUUUCUGGAUUUAGAUGUGAGUGUGUUUAUAUAUGAAUCAAAUUAUAAUGGGGAUGUUUUAUGUAAGGUUUUAGUGAGACAUGUGCUUCUUUUACUUUUCUAAAAUUUUUCGUCAUGUACUUCUGCUAGCAAACACUAUUCAUUGCCCUGAAACAUUCUAAGCCAGUACUGUUUGCAUGUAGAUGUUUGUGGAUAACAAUUAUCAUAGCACUUUGGCAGGGCACUUUAUAAUUUACCACUUUGAAAUGCAUCUGUACUGUCAUUUUAAUUUUUAAAUUCGUUGUAUUCAUUCAGUGAAAAAGCAAAAAGUAUACAGAAAUUUGUAAUUCAAAGAAAUGGCCAGAGUUUGAUUGUUUCUGACCAUUUAACAGUUCUCCCUCAGCACUUUGGAAAGAUUUUAAGCCUAUUUUAGAAAUGUGUUGUCAUUUGUUAAGUCCUCUUAAAUAGAUUAUCCUUCUUUUCCUGCAGAUAGAAAUGCAGAUGCCUGAGGUGAACAUGUGGGUCAUAGGCAUCUGUUAAGAUAUAUAACCAUAAAAAUAUUUUAAAAUCCUGUCACUUUGUUUCUUUAAUCCCUCUGUCCUCUUUCCUCCCAUUAAAACCUAUCAUAAAAUACACUUUUGUUAUGUUCUGUGGAAUUGUCAGAGGACAAAUUUUACUUUUCUUGAAGAUAAAAAUCUUGUAAUUGUUUAUGGGUUCACAUGGUUUUCUUUCAGUCAAUUUGUUCAAAAGAUUUCUCUUUCAAUGCCAUUUUCCAGCAUGAUGGUGAAAAUGGCAUGAAAUUACAGUGAGAAGUGUGACUACAAAAUAGUGGUUACAUUUCUGCUGGUGUUGGCAUAAAUUCGCCAUUUUUUAAAAAAUAACGGGACAUGACUGAAUGUUAUCUCAUUUGCCUUUUGUGCCUCUUAAGUACUUGGUUUAUUAAAUUUUGCCAAUUGAAAACGCAGUAAUAAAAUGCUUUUCAAGAA